GAAAAUACUAGUAGUGGUCAUAUAAGGAUUUGUGGCUGUUGGCCUGAAUUAAGACAUGAAGAAAUACAGAGAACGAUGGAGAGCAAAUUCUGCAUUUUGACCGACACAGAAGACCUCAGAACCCUAAUUUCAAGUACCGAAGAUAAUCUGCAAAUUGAAAGGACAAAGACUUUGUUUGAGGAGAUCCGUGCAUCCAUCAACAACAAUGAAGAAGAGGACCGUUCCUUUUGGAGGCCUGUGCUCCCAUGGGGGGGUGUCUACACCAUCAGGGCGGGGAGGAGGGCCAUCUCAUGCACCCCUCUGUAUGUUAAGAUAAGCCUAAAGAACACCUGCACAAUUGAUGGGUUCCUCAUGAUCCUCUAUAUAAUACUGAGAGACAACCACAGCUUUCCCCGGGAGGUGGGCAUCUUUCUGGGCAGGCAGUUUGUAGAGCAUUUCCUCUACCUGAUGGACUCGUAUGACUACACCACCGUUAAGAUGCUGUGGAUCUGGGACAGGAUGUCCAAACGGCAGUACCGCUCAGUGAUCCACCAUGCAGCGUUGGAGAUCGACCUGUUUGGUAACGAACAUGAGAACUUCACCAAGAACUUAGAGACAAUGCUGUCCACUAUGCAGGAGAGCCUAUGCACCAACUGGAGCUGUCCUGCUCGCUUCCAGGAGUUCUUACAGAGAACCAUCAACAUCAAUCCUCCUCAUGAGCUGCCCCAUAGAGAUCCCAUUCAGUCAGCGGUGGAGGAGUUCUUCUGUCCCAAAAUCAUUCUCUGCAAAGAACUGGGGUGUAAUGGGUUGAGGGAGUUUUCUCAGAGGGUCUUCUGCCAUGGCCCACCUCCUUUUGUCAUUCUCAACAUGCAGCUAUGGAAGUCUGAGGAGCUGUCCUACGUUCCUUACCAUCUGGCUCUGUCCCAACACAGGUACUCACUGGAAGGCGCCACACUCUUCAACAAGGAAGAGCAUCACUACUCUGCAGCCUUCCAGAUAGACGGCUACUGGAUGCACUAUGACGGGCUGAGGAGCGACAAUCUGAUCCUGUUAAACAAGCCCCCUGAACUCCUGCUGCUCUCUUCCCUUGUCUACAUCCGCGCCUCAGACAAAUGAGGUGCACAAAGGGUCCUGACGGGACACGGAAGGAAGGAAGGAGGGAGACACUCAACAGCACUAAUAGAAAGGAAUCUUUAGAAAAUUGCUCACCUACACUUACACCUUCCUGUCUUUCUUUUUGUUGCCCUUAAUUCACAGAAAAAUAAUCCUUUACCUUACAUUUGGUUAAUCAUGGUUUUGUCUUUCAUUCCUCAGUGAGAACAUACCAUAACUUUUUGUUUAGCACAAUCAUAUUUUAAUGACAUGUCAACAACUUCCUUCUUCUGUUUUAUACUUUAAGAUUAUUUUUGAAAUGAUGUGCUCUAUUUUGCCUUACUGUUGCCUCUGAAACUGUGUGCAAAGUGAUAAGUGCGUCUUCUUUUGGGCAUGCUUGGAAUCCAAGAAUAUAUGUAUGAACUAUAGUAGUUCUGGGCAGGUAUGCAUAUUGAAGAAUGAACUCAUAGCUUUACUGCAUAAAUGUUUGUUGAAAGGUUUGCUUGCAGCGUGUUCUCUUGGGUGGGAUGGCAUUCAGAGAAGCAAAUUCAGCUAAUUCAACUUUGAUGUAGACUUGUCAACAGGGUAUAUAAGCUAGACCAGCAAAGCUUCUGUGAGAGUUGGUACAAUACUACAAUCUAUUUGUGCAUACCAGCCCUGACUUCAGAUUAAACUGGUGCUUUUUUAAAUACUA